CAAGUUUUAGCUAUAAAUUCGUAUAAUAAAUCUGUUACAGUAGAAGAUGAUUCAUCAUCUACUAAUAGCAAUGUUGAGUUAAUGCAUAAAAAUGAUGUUGAGACAGUUCAGAAAGCUGGCCAGACUAAUUUUGAAGCUAAUUUUGGUCGUAUAUUAGUAGAUAUGUUAAAGUUUUUAUGUUACGAAUUGAGUGUUUCUGAGUUAGGUUCGAAGCAAGAUUUAAGGUAUGUUUUGUUGGAUUCAGAUAUCUCUGUUAAAGAAAAAGUUGUUGAUGUUGAUAAUGUUGCAAAGGAGGUUUUUAAAAAAGGCAGUAGGCUUGGUUUUGAGUUGAAAAAAGUCUUUGUCGAUGUUUUUAAUAAUGCUUCAUCAAGUAGUGCUGAAAAGGGCUUAUGUGGUGAGAGUGGCUGA